UCGGCGGCGCCCCUUCUUCAGGUGUUGCGGCGGUUCCACGUCGCCAGGCGGUCCGCGGCUUCCGCGCGCUCAGGCUGCUCAGCGUGUGGAGCGCCGGCCCUUCGGCUCCCGCGCGGCCAUGGCGGGCCCAGGCCCGGGCCCGGGGGACCCGGACGAGCAGUACGAUUUCCUGUUCAAGCUGGUGCUGGUGGGCGACGCGAGCGUGGGCAAGACGUGCGUGGUGCAGCGCUUCAAGACCGGCGCCUUCUCGGAGCGCCAGGGCAGCACCAUCGGCGUCGACUUCACCAUGAAGACGCUGGAGAUCCAGGGCAAGCGGGUCAAGCUGCAGAUCUGGGACACAGCUGGCCAGGAGCGAUUCCGCACCAUCACCCAGAGCUACUACCGCAGUGCCAACGGGGCCAUCCUCGCUUACGACAUCACCAAGAGGAGCUCCUUUCUGUCUGUGCCUCACUGGAUCGAGGAUGUGAGGAAGUACGCGGGCUCUAACAUCGUGCAGCUGCUGAUUGGGAACAAGUCGGACCUCGGCCAGCUCCGCGAGGUCCCGCUGGCUGAGGCGCAGAGCCUGGCAGAGCACUACGACAUCCUGUGUGCCAUUGAGACGUCGGCCAAGGACUCAAGCAACGUGGAGGAAGCCUUCGUGAGGGUGGCCACGGAGCUGGUUGUCAGACACGGUGGCCCACUGCUCAGUGAGAAGGGCACUGACCACAUCCAGCUUGACAGCAAGGACGUCGGGGAGAGCUGGGGCUGCGGCUGCUGACCGGGGUGCCGGGCAGGCAGGCAGGGGCCUCCCCACCUCCCCGCCCCCCGCCCCCAGCCUGCCAGGCCCACCCCUCCAGGGCUGGCCCUCCAUGGCGCCAGCGAUUCUAGUGCAGCUGGGUAAAGUCCUGGAAUUAUCCAUUCCGUGGCCUGGGUACUUGAUGGGAAAGCUACCCUCGAGGAAGGAAGAAGCGGGGUGCCUUCUGGGUGUUGGGGGUGGGGCCCCUCCUGCCGGCCAGUGGCGGUCCCCUCCAAGUUCUUCACAGUCCAGGACUGGCCCAGGCCCAUAGGUAUAGACCACGGUGGGAGAGGGGCCAGGAUGUGCCUCCCCUGCGGCAUGUGUACUGGUUCCGACCACUUCACACCUUGAGUCUUGCUGUAGCUGUGGCGGCAGCAGGUUGCUGCCUCCCAGGGAUGUGGCUGGUGCCGGUUCUCCCGGGUCACUUGGGGCCUCUGGUCGGAGCCUCGGAGGGAGAGAGAGCUAGCAGCCCGACAGGCUCAGUUCCUGAGCACAGCCCCAGGGAAGCCCUAACUCCUUCCCGGCGAGGAACUUUCUUCCUUUCUUCACUGCCAGCUCUAAGCUCGCAGAUAGCUUGGGGCUUGGCUUGCUGCCUUAGCAAGCAAGACCUCUCAAGUUUUCUGGUUUUCCAUGUAGCUUCUUGUUUUCAUCGGCACAAGUAUGGGGUCAUGGCCCACUGACUGUCUGCUGGCCUGGGGCACAAAGUUUUGCCACUCAGGUUGCAAAACCAGCUGAUUCUUCAGCACGGACUCUCAGAACUUGCAGGUUUGGGGGAAUGAGAUAGGAAUGUGGACAUUUAAGGGAAAAGUAAAAGCUUGUAUCCCUGAGGCUCAGGUCUGAGAGGAAACCUCAGGGCACCUAGUCUGACCUGUGCAGAAGCUCUUUCUGCCACGUCCAGAGUGACAGCUCCCCCACUGCCUCCAGUCUAGCUUAUAGUUUCCCAAGCCAAGAAGGCAAGGCCCUGGCAGUCCUGGGUCUGGCCACUUCAUCCUUGCGGCCCCACCCACCCUUAAUGGUUUCAACAUGUGUUGGGUGCUGAGGUUAGAAGGCAGAUGAGGGCUGGCAUCACUGGGGCUCUUGGAAGCACACUGUCCUCUGGGAAUAGCUCAGAGGAUCCCAGGGAUGGAGCUAGGGGAGGCAGGUGAUUUUCCCAUACCGCCCCCGCCCUCUGCGUGGGGUCCCAGGAAAUACACUGUUGUCAGAGCCGUGGGCAAUGCCACAGCAUGGAGCUCGAGCCCCAGGCCCAGCCCCAACCCCAGAGGUGGGCCACGGACCUCCAGCUGACUUCCCUGGCCUUCCACUCAUGCCCUUUGUUCUGCGUCACUGCCUCUCCCAGGCAGGCCUGACCACAGAGCCAGCAGCCAGACCCACGGCAGUCUGGUGAAGCAGGGUCAGGCAUGGAAGGCUUCCCUGGCCGGGACCCAGACAGGCAGGGCUGGUGACUCCCUUUCAGUCAGGGAGGCAGCCAUGGGAUGGCUGAGCCUGGUUCUGGAGAGGAAGGAUGUUGGCCUGGUUGGACCAGGAGCUACUGAGUGGGUGUCUUUGCUGAAGGGAACCAGUCCAUUGGUGUCCGGGAUGGGGUGGGAGCAGGGAACGAGAAGGCCGCUGGGCUUCCUCCCUGAAUGGCCUUGCCAGUGGGGUGGGGUGAGCAGGGCCUGGGACCCAGCUGCUGGCAGGCCUCUCCCCUGCAGUUCCUGGGCUCUACCUGCAAAGUAGAAAGUUCCUGUGAAGGAGGCACAUUCAGGCCAAGGGCAAAGGUCCUCCAGCCCCAUGACCUCUGCCAGGGGACUGAUGUUUGGGCAGAGCUGGGCAUUCAAGCUGGGCCCAAGCUGGAAGAGAAACUUUGUGAAUCCUGACCUUGUAGAGACCUGCUGCUUUGGGGGUGGGUGGUGGCGGGGAUGUAGAGGGUCUUAGAGCACAGGCCUGGGCCUACCCCUCCCCCCACCCCAAGAUUGACUUGCGGCCUCAGUUGCCAGUGAGCACAGGUAUGGACCCUCCCUGUUGUUCCCUGCUGUCCCCCUCUGCCUCCACCUGGGAUGGCUUGGGGAAAGUGGGAGGUCCUUGCAUUCCAUCUCCUGCACUGGGAUGCCCUGGGCUGCCAUGAGGAUCCAGGCACAGCAGCAGGUAGCUGGCUGAUGAUGGACUCUAAGCCAUCCCCCUCCUCCUCCAGACCCAGGGGUUAAAGGCCGGAAACCCUGCAGAGGCUUGGCUGAGAAAGGGGAAAGAUCACUGGCCCAGCCAGGACUGGCCUCACGGCUCACCCAGCAACCACGAAAACUCUUCCCUUUCCUGCCUGUCACAGUCCUACAGUGUCCAAAACGCUGGGCCGUGUGGUCUCCUGCCACCCUAAUCUCCAGGUGGUUAGCCUAGAAAUCCAGGGGUUGUCUCAGGCUCCUCACUCUCUCUCCGCACCCUACCACAGUGCUGGGAUCCCACCUCCACGCCAGUCCCCACGCCUCUUCUCUGGACAGGCCCCAGCCUCCCCUGGACACCUUGUGGACCUCCUUGGCCCCUGGGCUUCUAGCCUGCGCAGCACAAACCACCCUCCUGCUGCAGUCAGAGUGGCACUUGUAAAAGGUCACUGCUGAUGCUGCCCCCUCCCCUUCCAGCGUGCCUGGGGCCCUUGGGAUACAGGCCAUGCUCCACCCAGAUGCCCAAGGCCUCCACAGCUCUGCCUUGGCCUCCCUUAGGACCACCCUCUGCCCAGGCCACUCCCUCCCCCUGCCCAGCCUCUCUUCAUAUCGUUUAGGAUCCCACAGAUGACCCACCUAGACACCUCUGAGAAUUGGCCCCACCCCAAGCUAGUCCCUUGGUCAUAGAACCUUCUGGCAUGAAUGAGUUCUUUAUCUCCCUCUUCCUGAGCAGGAGCCAUUUCCCACAGGCUCAGAGACCAUUUCCCCACACAAAUGCUGGUGCUUAGGUCCCGAUGCUGGUGUGCUGACCGUGUGCUGGCUGGACUGCCUGUGGGGGGCCCAUCCCAGUCUCCUGGGCCUCGGUCUUCUGUCACUUGGGUAAGAGAAAAUGGGGAAGUGUUGAGACAACAUGAUCCACCUCUGUUUCCUUCUGCAGCAGCCCAGGGCUUCUGGGGCCAGAGAGCUUAAUCUCUUCCUCUGUUUAUAAAUUGCCCAAGAGCAGGAACAGGUGGGGUCCAGACCAGGGUGUGGGAGAGGAGGCAGGGGACAGAGGGCCAGGAAGUGUCCUGGCAGCCACCAGGCCCCAAGGAGAGUACCGUCUGAGGCCUGGGUGGGGCCCCUGUGACGUGGGCUGCAGAAAAGGAGGCUGGUGUUUUAUACUCCGGAGGAGGAGUGGGGCAGGCAAGGGACGCGGGUCGGGAUUCCCAAGCCAGAGAGGUGGGUCCCUGUCCUCCGAAAGGGCUGCAAGGACAUCAGGCCCCAGCAGGCAUGGAGCUGGAGGGAGCUCCUAAUUCAUAUUGAAUUCGAUUACUCUUUCCCAGGAGGGCUGCGGGGUGGGGCCUCCAGCCCUGUGCGCCCUGCCAGCCCAGACUGUUGGGCUGUGGGGAAGGCCUCAGCGAGCCCAGUGAUGCCGUUUGCAUUUGGGGAUUUUUCACAUGAUCUAUUUAUGAUACCGAAAUCUUUAUAGCAAAUCUAUUUUUUAAAACAUGGAAAAGUUGCCUUUAUGGAAACAGAGCCAGAGUGUACACAUUCCUAAACCAUUAAACUGAUUUCUGCAAAGAGCCAAUGGUGCCCAAGACUGGUUCUCUCACCUUUGAACCCAGAGCCAGCCCAGGUGGCCACAUCUCCACAGAUGCUUCCACCUGCCCAGCUGGCUUCCCCAACUAGUCUCCAGGCCUGGAGUGGGUGGGGGGAGGGGGUCUAUGCACUGCCCACCGCCCUUUUUAAGACAUCUCUGCCCCAGACCAAUGUGGAAUCCUACAGAGAAGCAGUCAGUGCCUAAUGAGCAGGAAGGAGCUUGGGUUUGGUCCUCACUGUCAGGGAUACCUGUGUGACCUUGGGCAAGUUACUGCACUUCUCUGGGCCUCUCGGGUUCCUUCAGUUGGGUUUGCAAGUUGGGGGGGGGCAGGUUGAGGAGCAUGGUUCAGUGCAUCAGGCCUGCUACCUCUCACACAUCUACAACCCCAUGAGAAGGUGUUACUAUUCCUGUUCUUUCCAGAUGAGCCAGCAGGCUCAGGGUUUGGGAGUUCCUUGCCCAAGACUUGAAACUAACAAAUUAGAGGUUUUAUUCCAAGUCCAGAGAUCCCCAUGAAAGCCAGGCUGGUCUUGCAUACUGCUAUAUUCCAAGGGCAAAGAAUGGUUUCAGGCAUGUAGUAGGUGCUCAAAGAAUUGCCAGCCGCCUAAUUGGGACCCCUGGCACCACGACAGCCGUGAAUCCAUAGCCCACCCAUAUAACCUGUGGUCUGUUACUAGUCCUUCUCAGAAAGGGGCCAUGUUGACAUGGAGCCAGAUGAGAAUUGCAUAGUAUGGGUGCACACGGUGGCCAGGUCGGACUGUACUUGGUCAGCCACACCCUGCUCUGAGACCAACUGACAUCAGGGAGGUCAGACCAGCCUCCGUUCAAAUCCCAGGUCUGCUGUGACUGGUUGUGUGACCUUGGGCAAGUCAUUUUCCCACCCAGCCUCUGUGUCCUCAGAUGGGGGACCCUGAUUUCUGUCCUGCCUGCAGCCCGGCAAGCAUCCUAAGAUCCCAGCUGGGAGGGCUUUGUAAACAGGGGCUCCUGUUUCUGGCUCUGUCCAGAGGUCAGAAGCCUGGUAAUUCCACUGAGUGAGUGAUGAAGGCCGGGAGCCUGGACAUCCCAGAGGGGCCACGCUCCAGGCACUUCCAAUCACCUUUUCCAGGGAGAAGAAAUGCCUGUGGUUUGAAUCUCCUGCUGUCCUAGAAUGCAGGGCAGCCCCCAGCCUGCAUGGGCCCCUUGGGAGACAAAGCCCUAACCCGGAGGUCCGAGCUGGGCCACCACAUGCCCGCCCCCCCCCCCC